AUGGGCGAACCAACCACCUUGAGCAGAAAGUCCUGGGAGUCGCUUUCUGCAUUUUCGAAUCUCGAAGUGUCUCUCUCCCAGGACAGCAGCUAUGCUUCCGAUGAGGUUUCGAUAGUCUCAAGCAAUCCGACUACGGUGGACACGUCGAUUGCCCCGAGCCAGGAACCCUCAUCAGAGUCAAAAUUACGCCCAUAUUUGAAAUCUAUCUUGAAGAAGCCAGAGACCGAGCUUGAAAUAGAGGAUGCGCAGUCGGAAUCAGGCUAUGGGACCGAUGCGUUUGAUUGCGAAUACGAGACUGUGUCCGAAGGAGAAGAAGACGAAGAGUUGUGCGAAGUGUCUAUUUGCUGGGACACCGACGAUGCCAUGUCCGAAAUUAUCAGUGAAGACGAGGACGGAAUGUUCGAUGAUUCAUUCAUCGCGUUUGAGUCGAUAGUUCGGUUUGAUCCGAAUGUGCAGUACAUCGAAGCGCCUGAGCUCGAAGAAGACGAAGGGCCUGGCACUGGGCUGACCUGCCAUGAGCUCAUGGAGAUGGCGCGGUCUUCCGGCAGCCUCCAAACUUUCGACGGAGAAAAGCCGGCCGCAAUCGAAUCGACCGAGGAACAUUGGCGAAAUUCCAUUGAUCCUGAGGAAUACCCAGGGGACAUGGUGGAUGUGGACAGGCAGUUGUUUGUGGCAUACGUCAACGGCAUUAAAGAGAUUGCCGAUUCCCAGUACAAAGGGCGGCUCCGUGCCUUGGUGGAUGACAUUCGAUUGGGACAAGCAGAGACUCCGUAUUUGGAGACGAACUGCAGCGAUGGGGUAUACAUGGACCAUGCGCUGAACCAUGUGAUUGGAGUAUUUCGCAACCUGCUUGUACCCGACGAAUUCGAAGAGCUGGUGGCGCUCAGCUCACAAAAGAUGGGUUUGACGCCGCAGACAAAGGCAUUAGAAAGCCAUAAUUUGAGCUUGAUGGACCGGAUCCAAAGGCUGCUUGUGGAGCGAUUGGCCCAAGGCAACGUGGACGUGGAGGCGGAUGAGCUGAGCUUUUUUGCCGGAGGAGUCACAUAUGCCCUGGAGAAUUGGAAGGUCCAUUAA